AGGAAGGAUCUUGCGGCUAUUUGUAGAGCGCCGGAUGGAUUGUGUUGCGAAUUCAGUCGUUGUGGCGCUCAACCGGCGAUAUUAUACUGGUCGACGGUGACCUCAACGGUCGUGUUAAACGUGUUCUCAUCAUUUCGCAGGUGUACUAUAAAUCGUUGUAUAAUAAUAAAAUAACGAUUUAACAAUACACAUGGCGGGUCCAGUAAGCCGAAUCAUCGGCAUUAUAUUUUUAAGCUACCAUCUAAGCUUUGCUGUAAGUAACAGAGAAGCAAGAACUAGUGCAAGCUCCACUGAAGGAACAUUCAAAUGUGAAAAAGAAGGUUUCCAAGCAGAUCCUUCAAAUUGUACAACAUUUUACAGAUGUGUGAACUUUGGAUCUGGAUCAUCGCUUACGAAAUUUCAAUUUCAGUGUUCUCCAGGAACAGUUUAUGAUCCUGAAAAUUCGGUUUGUGUUCAUCCUUCGUUGUCUAAUAGAGAAGAAUGCAAAAAUAUUCAAUUCAAUAACCCAGAACCUGAACCUAGUCCUGAUGACUCAGAAAAUUCAUGGAACUCACCAUCCGACUCGGCUUCUAGCCAACCUAGUUCUAAUGCACCAAACUCUGUAGGAUAUGGUUCAAUUUCACCCGAAUAUUCUGCUCAACCUUCCUCAAAUUUUGACUAUGGACGUCCUCAAACCGGUCAACCACCUUCAAAAACUGGCUAUUACCAACCACUAUUCUAUCAACAAUACCAACCGAGUUCACCGCCAAACUAUUAUCCUCCACAACAACCUGACUACGGAAAUCCACAGCUUAAUUAUAAUCAGCCUCCUCAAUCUGGUUACAUACAACCAUCAUCUCAAUCUCAACAAAAACCAAGCUACAACCAACCACCACAAUCUAACUACGGGUCAUCCCAGUCGAAUUACCAACCAUCACAAUCAAACUAUGGACCACCUCAACAAAGCUAUCAACCACCACAGUCAAAUUAUGGUUCAUCCCAAUCAAAUUAUCAACCAUCCCAGUCAUCCUAUAAACCACCCCAAUCAAAUAAUGAAUCACAGCAACCAAACUAUGGACCUUCUCAAGUAUCAUCAACUUCAAAACCUAAUUACAAACCAUCUACACAACCUAGCGUUACUCAGAAUAUUACCACAUCUGCUCCUAUUGUUGGGCCAGAUGGUGGAUCAAAUUCAAAUCAGCCACCAGUCUCCAGUCACCAGUCACCAGAAGGUAGUGAUAAUAAACCUCAAACAGCCGAUCAAUCAACUUUUAAACCAGUUGAAAGUAUACCUGAUACUACCGACUGUACAUCGGAAGGUUUUUUCCCUGUAAAAGGUGAGUGUAAAAAAUUCUAUAGAUGUGUAGAUGAUGGUAAAGGAUCUUUCACCAAGUACGAAUUUACUUGUGGUCCUGGUACAGUUUGGGACUACACUUCAAAUACAUGUAAUCACGCAAGUGCUGCGGGAAGAACUGAUUGCAAACCAGAAGUAGAUAACGGUUCAAGCGAUCCAGAACCUACAUCACCGGAAGAUAAUCAGACUUCAUCUACAGAAAGUCCAAGCAAUGAAAUUGAUAAUGAAGUACCAAAUGAAUCGGAAGUUAGUAGUCCUAGCACUGGAAAUGGACCUGAAUGUAACUCUGAAGGAUUCCAUCCAUAUAGUGAGGGAUGCAGUAGAAAGUUUAUAAGAUGUGUAGAUAAAGGCGACGGUACUUUGAUAAAAUAUGAAUUUGAAUGUGGCGAUGGGACGGUGUGGGAUAGUAGUCAAAAUACAUGCAAUUACGCAAAUCAAGUUGAAUGUGGCUCGACCACUUCAGCUACCCCAUCAACCAUACAAUCUGAUUCUACUGUGGCACAACAAGUAACUACUUCAAGUCAAUGGUCUACUGCAUCGUCUUCUAGUUCAUCCUCAAUGUCAACAUCUAGUUCUAGUUCAAGUUCUAGUAGUUCUUCAAGUAAUCAGUCGUCAUCCACUACUUUGGUUAGUGGACAAACAACUAGUGGGAAUAACCAACAAUCAACUUCUCAAGGAAUUUCUUCGUCUAAUCAAAAUACUGCUACAACAGCAUCCAUGAAUCAAGCCUCGGGCCAGUCGGAAAAUUCAAAUUCCAACCAACAAACUUCAACUUCUGGUUCUAGUCAAACAACAACAUCUGGCCUUAAUCAACAAACAACAAGUGCAGGCUCAAACCAACAAACGACUGGAGCGGGCUCAAACCAACAAACAACAAGUGCAGGCUCAAACCAACAAACAACAAGUUCAGGAUCAAACCAACAAACAACAAGUUCAGGAUCAAACCAACAAACAACAGCAGCAGGAUCAAACCAACAAACAACAGCAGCAGGAUCAAACCAACAAACAACAGCAGCAGGAUCAAACCAACAAACAACAAGUUCAGGAUCAAACCAACAAACAACAGGAGCAGGAUCAAACCAACAAACAACAAGUGCAGGCUCAAACCAACAAACAACAGGAGCAGGAACAAACCAACAAACAACAAGUGCAGGCAAUAGACCUACGAAACCAAUGUCUUCGACAUUCAGGCCCACCACACCUAUGACAACCACAAAGAAGCCUAGCCCAAAACCAACAACUUCUAAACCAUCUUCACCAUCUCCAACAACUUCAACUAUAAAACCAUCAACUUCUAAACCAACAACUUCUAAACCUUCGACUUCCAAACCUACAACUACAUCGCCUUCAAUUACAAAACCAACAACGUUAAAACCAUCAACACCAACAACACAAAAGCCUACGUCAGUAAAACCAACAACACAAAAGCCUACGUCAGUAAAACCAACAACACAAACUUCAACAACGUCAAAACCAACAACACCAAAACCAACAACACCAAAGCCAACAACACUAAAACCUACAACGUCAAAACCAACAACACAAACACCAACAACGUCAAAACCAACAACUCCAAAACCAACAACGUCAAAACCAACAACGUCAAAACCAACAACACCAAAGCCUACAACACUAAAGCCAACGACCUCAAAACCAGCAUCAUCAAAGCCUUCGACAGUUAAGCCAACCACGACAAAACCAACUAGCACCACAACACAGAAGAUAACAACCACUAAUAAUAAAAAUCCUUCCAGGCCAACAACUCAAGCAACUACCAAACCAACACCAGGUAUUAGUUCUAGUAAUAAACCUGAUCCGUCCAAGCCAACCACAGUUAAACCAACAACGAGUAGUUCUACGAAAAAACCAGUUGCGUCAACAACGUCAAAACCAACAACAAAACCUACAAAUGCAAGCGUGUUGCCACCUUCUACAACAACUGUUAACCCUGAAACAAAUAAACCUACCGAAUCUUCUACACCGGGCGUUUGUACUUCCGAAGGAUUUUUCCCAGAUACUAAAGACUGUAGCAAAUUCUACAGGUGUGUUGGAAAUGGAAAUGGAUACACCAAAUACAGCUUUAACUGCGGUGCAGGUACAGUAUGGGAUCCAGCAAAUAAUGUAUGUAAUCAUCCAUGGGCCGUAGAUAGAGAUUGUUCUAAUUCGCCUUCGCCUUCACCUUCUACUUCUGAAAGUGAAUCUACGGGAUCUACAUUAACUCCCGAUUCAGAGAAUUUAACUACAAAUCAAACUAGUAAACCAACAGUAACUACGUCAUCGUCUAGUCAACCUUCUUCUCAAACAACAGCCAGUAAUCAAAUAACGCAAACUACUACUUCAACAACUUCAACUACUACUGAAUCAAAUCAACAAAUAUCAACAACCACUAAUAGAGUCCCUGUAAAUUCAAGCUCCUCAAAUAACUCAACCACGCCUUGUAAUACGACACCAAAACCGCCAAGUAAAAUUGUUUGUAAUGGAAGCGGAUUUUACCCCCAUCCAGACGAUUGUAAAAAAUUCUAUAGAUGCGUUGACUGGGACGGUGAUAAAGGAGAACGCUUUUCCGUCUACCACUUCGAUUGUCCGCCUGGAACGAUUUUUGAUCCAAGCUUAGAUGUAUGUAAUCACGAAGCUUCAGUAUAUCCUCCAAGAGAUUGCUCUGGGUCAAGUAGUCCACCAACAAACUCAACAAGUGGUACGACAGAUCCAUCAACGACAGAUCCAGCAACGACGGAUCCAGCGACUACAGAUCCAUCCGUAACAGAUCCAGCAACUACAGAUCCAUCAACGACGGAUCUUCCAGCAUUAACUACAGAAACAAAUACUAAUUCUGAAACUAACCCUACUGUAACAACAGAAGGUCCGACUGAAACUACUGGUCCUUCAGAAACUAUUGAACCCGAGAAAAACUCGACGACGCCUAUAUCAGAAACGGAAUCUACUACAACCGGCCAACCAGAAACAAAUCCACCGACAACUAAUAAUCCCACUGAAACAAACCCGCCAACUACCAACCCAACAGAAACUAAUCCUCCGACUACAAAUCCAACGGAAACCAAUCCCCCUACAACUAACCCCACGGAAACAAUUCCACCAACAACCAAUCCAACAGAAACAAAUCCUCCAACAACCAAUCCAACAGAAACAAAUCCACCUACUACAAAUCCAACAGAAACAAAUCCACCAACAACCAAUCCAACAGAAACAAAUCCACCAACUACAAAUCCAACAGAAACUAACCCACCCACGACUGAGACAUCGGAAACAAAUCCACCAUCAACCAAUCCUACAGAAACCACUCAACCUCAAACUAAUCCCACAACAGAGUCACCGGUUACAACAGAAUUGCCAGAAACGUCAAACAAAUGUCCCGAAUUAGAACCAGAUCAAGUUGCACUAGUGUGUCCAACAGGAUUUAGAAGACACCCCAAAAAUUGCAAUCUAUUCUACCAAUGUACUAUAUCAUCAAACAAUGACAUUAAAGUUUUAGUAUUGGCCUGCACAAAUGGAACAUACUACGACCAAAGAAAGAUUCAAUGUUUACCGCCUGACGAAGCUGAAUCUUGUCCUUCUGACUCAGUCUUGCCACAUGUUCGUUCCGAAUUCGAAGAGUUACCACAAACUGUUCAAAUUGAACCAUACCACAAGUUAUGUCCAUCUGAGGGUACAUUCGGAUCUCCAAACGACUGUCAAUCGUUUGUAAAAUGCACGAGAACUGCUAAAGGUCUUCUAAAUGGACAACUGUACCAAUGCCCCGAAGGACAAAGCUUUUGGGAAAAUUCUAAAAAAUGCGAGAAAAACCGUAAAAUACCCAUGUGUAACAAGCCAGGCCCGAAAAUUAAUUGGAAGACCAGUCUAGCGCCAUUACUAGAAACAAAUUAAAUUUAAUAAAUUAGUUUUUGAAAAUUAAUUUUCAGCUCAAAAAUAUUAUUUUAAUAUAUAUUUUUUUUUUUACUUAGUAGUAAUAAGAUUUACAUGUUUUGAAAAAUGUUUCAAAAAUUAACUAAAACCACAAUUAGUAAACUUGAAUAACUAAAAAUUAAAUUCAAGUUUAAUAAUUGCUAACGGAAACUCAUUCUAGUUUAAUAAUGUGUUUAUAGGCUAAAUAGAAAGUAUAUUUAAGCAUGUUAAAAUACUAAGCUUAAAAUAAUGAAUGUGCCAUACUAGCUGUGAAUUUCCGUAUCAAGGUGUACAAAUUUUUGAAACAUUUUUUAAAUAUUAUCAAAAAUAUAAAUAAAUAUUUUUGUAUUUACAUUAAAAUUAUAAUGUAUUUAUUGAUAAAAUCAUAAAAAAAACAUAUCGUGAUUAUAAUUAUUAAAAAGGUAUUUUUACUACUU